AUGUCAGACGGAGGAACGGGCAAAAAGUUUGCCUACGGCACAACGGUCGUUGCCGGCGUCGCCUCCUUGUCGGCGACGUUGCUCUCCAUCGUGUCGAUAUGGCUUCAAGCGAAAAACUACCGAAAACCUCUCCUCCAGCGAUACGUCAUCCGCAUUCUGCUGAUGGUGCCCAUAUACUCGAUCGCCUCAUGGACGAGCAUGGUGUCGCUGACAACGGCCGCUUUCCUGGACCCUAUCCGCGAUAUCUACGAAGCCUUCACGAUAUAUACCUUCUUCCAGCUUCUCAUCAACUACCUCGGCGGCGAGCGCGCUUUGAUCAUCAUGACCCACGGGCGGGCGCCUGUCCAGCACCUCUGGCCCCUCAACCACGUCCUGCGCAAGGUCGAUAUUUCGGACCCCCAUACCUUUCUCUCCAUCAAGCGCGGCAUCCUGCAGUAUGCGUGGCUCAAGCCCAUAUUGGCCCUGGCCGCCAUUGUGAUGAAAGCAACGGGCACCUAUCAGGAAGGCUACAUCGGGGCCACCUCCGGCUACUUCUGGAGCGGCAUCAUCUACAACAUCAGUGUCACGGUCAGCCUCUACUCGCUGGGGCUGUUCUGGGUGUGCAUGCACCGUGACCUUCAGCCGUUCCGGCCCGUACCCAAGUUCCUUUGCAUCAAACUUAUUAUCUUCGCGUCCUACUGGCAAGGGUUCUUCCUGUCCAUCCUGGUCUGGCUUGGCGCCAUUCCGGACGAUGUUGAAGGCUACACGCGGGACAACCUUGCAGCGGCGAUACAGGACGCCCUUAUCUGUAUAGAAAUGCCGAUAUUUGCCGUCGCUCACUGGUAUGCCUUCUCAUGGCAUGACUUUGCGAACAACGAUAUACUUUCCGCACGCAUGCCGCUUAGCUUCGCUUUGAAAGAUGCAUUCGGCCCAAAGGACCUGAUUGAAGACUCCAAAGAAACCUUCAGGGGCAACAACUAUGGUUAUCGGGCCUUUGACUCCGGCGACAAAGUCAUGGCUCACGAGGACUCCAAGUCGAGACUUGCCAGACUGCAGGCGGGCAUGCGGUAUGAAAGGGGAGGCAAGGGCAAAUACUGGAUCCCCAAGCCGGGAGAGAUCAACUCCACGUCACCUCUGCUGGCUUCCAAUGGCAAUGGUGGACCGAGUUCAAGCCGUGCAGACCAGAUCAACGAACACACCCACGGAACAUUUGAAGAGCCCGAGCUCGACGGUGACGACGAGCGCUUGUUCGAGUCCGCGCGACAGCUAGAGUAUGGAGAUUGGAACUACCCGGUUAUCACUGCCAGCGAGCCGCUGAGCUCUCGAUACUCACCACCUUGGGCAACACCGACUUCGCGCUCACCCGCCACGGCCGUAUCCGCCAGGUUGCCACGUGCGCGAGAAAGCACGUCUAGGCCGACACCACAAACUGUGGUUCCGGUGAAGAAGAAGAAGAAGGCCAAGAAGGUGGUCACCCAUCCAGAGCCAGAUCCAGCAGACCUUGGCCUCGGAAAGGGGCCUCCAGCACCGGCAACGGUGGAGCAAACUUACCAAGCUGGUCCGGCAGCGGAGGCAGGAUCGCACGCCGUGACGGAUACCCCCAAUGAAGCGGAGGACGAGGACCAACGGUACCAAGUCCCGGAUACUGACGAAUUUCGCAACGUGUGGGGCUCGGACAGGUAA